AUGUCGAAGAAGAUCCUCGUAGUAUUCACCUCGCACACCCAGCUGAUUGGGUCGGACCACCCUACGGGCUACUACCUCCCCGAAAUUGCGCACCCGUACUACAUCCUCAAAGGCGCUGGCUACACGCUCGAUGCAGCCUCGCCCAAGGGUGGCAAGGCCCCGCUCGACCAGUCCUCGGUCGAUGCCUUCAAGAACGACGAGGAUAGUGUCAAGUUCCUCAACGACUCUGAAGCCCAAGAAUGGGUGUCCAACACCAAGACGCUCUCCUCCAUCGACCCCACUUCGGCGGUCAGCGAGUACGACGCCAUCUUCUACCCCGGCGGUCACGGACCGUGCUUCGACCUUCCCGUCGACUCCACCUCCCAAGCUCUCAUCAAGGGUUUCUACGAAGCAGGCAAGCCCACCUCCGCCGUCUGCCACGCUCCCGCCGUGUUUACCGAUGUCAAGCUGAGCGAUGGAAGCUACCUCGUCAACGGUAAGACCGUCACGUGCUUUACGAAUGAGGAGGAGGAACAGGCGGGUCUCACCAAGGCCGUCCCCUGGUUGGUCGAGAGCAGGCUCGUCGAACGAGGCGCCAAGUUCGAAAAGACCCAGCCCUGGGGCGAAAAGGUCGUGGUCGACAAGACCGGUGGCAAGCUGCUCAUCUCCGGUCAGAACCCGGCCAGUGCUGCUGGGGUCGGAAAGGAGAUCUUGGCCGCUCUCAAGGCUUAA